UGCCAGCGCCACCAGACCUUACCACCGAAACAAAUCCUGCAGCCACAGAAGCUGCAAUAGAGAUGUUCAAGUCACUUUUGGAAUAUCAGCAGCGCUCUCUUCAAAUGGCCCAAAACUAUGACAACACUCAUCGAGAGCUUGAUUUCUCCACUGGCACACAGCAUGUCUUAAUGCCAGUGUCACAAAACCUCAGCCUCCAAAUGAAUCCUACAGCUGCAGAAGCCACAGUAAAGGAGACAAACAAACCAUGGUUUGAACUUCAACAAGACUCUCAUCAAAUUGCCACCAACUUGGACAAAACUCAUCAUGCGUUUGAUUUCACCACUGGUGCAUGGCCUCCCAUGAUGCCAGUGUCACAGGACCUCAGCACCCAAAUGAAUCCUGCAGCUGCAGAAGCCACAGAAAAGGAGACAAGCAAGUCAUUUUUUGAGAGCCCACAGCACUCUCAUCAAAGUGCCACCAGCUUGGACAAAGCUCGUCGAGCGCUUGAUUUCUCCACUGGCGCACAGCCUCCCAUGAUGCCAGUGUUACAGGACCUCAGCCUCCAAAGGAAUCCUGCAGCUGCAGAAGCCACAGAAAAGGAGACAAACAAGUCAUUUUUUGAGAGCCCACAGCGCUCUCAUCAAAGUGCCACCAGCUUGGACAAAGCUCGUCGAGCGCUUGAUUUCUCCACUGGCGUACAGCAGGUACAAAAUAACUUGUUUGAACAUCCGGAUGUUGAGCAAAACCGGUUUUAUCCUAUGGACCAAGUGAUGUGGGGGCCACCAACGACCACAGCUCAGGGAACAGCAGUACGACCACAGGUGGAGGGAAAAGAAAAAGAAAAAGAAAGAGAGGCUCAAAAACUAUUAAAGGCAAGACAAGCUAGAACCAGAGCUGACUUACAGCAGAAAACUCAGAUGAGAGAGCAAAAGGUGGCUGAAGUCAGAUCAUCUCUGAAAGCCUGCAAGGGCAGCUUGGACGCUGAGUGGCUGGAGAUUAACAGUGUGUUCUCAGAGGUGAUGAGAGUUGUGGAGGAUACUCGGCAGAAAGCCCUUCAACCUCUGGAGGAGAGGAGACAGAGAGUAAAGAAAGAAGCACAACAGUUGGUCCAGAAGCUGCAAAGAGAAAUUGAUGAGCUCAAAAGGACAAUCGAUGAGUUGGACAAAAACCCAGAUUUGCAGGUUUCCGCUCUAACAAGCUUGGAUGAAUCUAGAGAUUGGAAACAUCUAACUGUUGACACUUCAUUCUCGUUCGGUACCCUGAGAGCUACAACUUCUGCCAUGAUGGAACAAAUUCACCAGAAACUAGAAAAACUCUCCUCUGUUGAACUCAAGAGGAUUCCUGCAUUUGCAGUUGAUGUAAAGCUGGACCCCACUUCUGCACACCAAUGCCUUGUUCUUUCUCCCGAUUGGAAGAGAGUGAGAGAUGGAGGAAAGAACCAGCCAGCUCCUGAUUCUCCAAAGAGGUUUGAUCUGUAUGGCAGCAUCCUGGGGCUCAACAGGUUGACCACUGGGAAGUCGUACUGGGAGGUGGAGGUCAGCAACAAGACUGGGUGGGAUCUGGGCGUAGCGAGAGGUGACGCAAACCGCAAAGGGGAACUGUCGUUGAAUCCAGAUAACGGUUACUGGGCUAUUGUACAUUAUGAAGGCAAGAAGUAUGCAGCUCUGACGGCACCACCCGUUCCUCUUACCCUGAAGGAGAAACCACGGAAGGUGGGGGUGUUUGUGGCUUACGAGGAAGGUCUUGUGUCCUUUUACGAUGUGACGGCUCAAUCUCACAUCUACUCAUUUACUAAUUGUUCGUUCAGGGAUGAGAUCCUCCCGUAUUUCAGUCCACAUCUCAAGCAAAAUGAUGAAAACGUGGAUCCUCUGAUUAUCUCUGCUGUGUAAAAGCAGUAGUAAUUAUAUGAGGGGAAUGUCUUACUGGUGUGCUGUAAGUUAUAGUGCACCACUGGUUAUUAAAAGUAUGAGUUGGGUGUACAACAACAGUUUACUGUAACUACUAAAGGGUUUAAAUUGGGUUUUUUGACCUUCAUCCACAGGAGUUUUUUUUCUUUUUUUCUUCUUAAACAGGACAUUGUUAUUUCUAUAUUGAUGACGACAUUAUAAUUUCUUUUCAGUUCAGUUUUUCGUUUUCAUUUAAGAGAUUGUUGGUGUUUUGCAAAAUGUAUCUCAAUCAAAAUGUGUAAGAUAACAAAUGUAUAUAUGAAUUUACAUAUAUGAAAAAGUUGCAAAAUGAUACCCAUAUUUUAUGCCAAAGGAUGAAUGAAUAAGAAAGAUAUUCUCGCUAAUCUUGUCAAUACAUUUGUUUUCAUUCAAACUAUGCUGCAAAUAUAUUUAGCAUCUUAAUAUACUUUCAUGUACGACACAUAUAAGUAAUUGAUUAUAAAUAUAUGGUUUGCUCUUUUGCUGUUUUUAUCUGUCUAUAUUAUAUUUAUCUAUACUCUAAAACAUCUUACUUUUGGUGGACACUUGACAACUCCCUUUUUUUAAUCUCCAUGUUCAUCUGUUUGUCUCUUAACAUGUUCACAAUGUGGUUUCUGGUGAUUUUGAUAUGAAAUAAGAUUGCAACUGCUGUGGUCUGCAUGAGUCAUCCUAAAUAUGCUAGUUCACUGGUAUUAAAAUAUGUUUUAUGAUUUGAAGCUUGAUUACUUAAAUAGGACAGCCAUUUGGGAAACAUUUUACUGUAUAAUAUAUUUUGUAUUUUUCAUUUAUAUUUUUUCAUGG